GGGAAUCGAACACAGUUCCGAUCUUGCAUCUCCCCAAGAGAUGGAGAGAGAGAGGGGCGAGCAUGUUUUUUUUUUUUUGGGCUUCGACACGAUAGAGAGCUGCAGAAAUGGAUGGGAAGAAUCCACAGGGUGGGGCAGCGGCCGACUCACCGGAUCCAUUCUUGCGGCCGCCGUCGAAGAAGGAAGGGGCGCCGAAGUGGGCCAGCGGCCAUCGUUCGCGAUCGCCAUCGGCGGAGGAGGGGGCGAACGGGGGAUUACUGAGCCUGCUCACAUCCCACCGGGCGCAAUGGGAGACGCUGUGCGGUGUGGAGGCAGUGGCGGAAGAGAAAGAUGAGGAAGGAGAGGAGGAGGAGAGUGGAGAGGGAGAUCACAUGCCUACCUCUCCUUGCUCGAAAGGAGGCAUCUCAACGGAGAACCCCCUGUUUGACACGUACCACUGUUUUCCAAGCUUCUUCAUCCCCCUUCUCUCUUCCUAUCUCUCCCGAAGCCGGUAAAAGGGGUGGGGAGAAGAAGCGGAGGAGCGGUGUGGGGCGGAGCGCUCCCACGACGAGGUCCCGGUGGCGAACAGGGAAGGAAGAAAGAGGAUGACGGGAGAUCGGAGCCUCUGCCUUAUUGGCACCUCCUCUUUAGUUGCUUUAGUAAUCAAUAAGAGGGACAGAAUUAAAUGCAGUGCUUUGUGCAGUGAAGUAUUCCUUAUGAGCGAUGUGGUGAGCAUAACCUGAGAAAAAGAGAACUUUAAAAUUUAUCCGUAUGAUAUGUUAACAAAAUCAGCAUUUUAAAUUGGUGGAUGGAGAAUUUACGUACA